AUGAUAUGUAAUAAAUAUAACCCAUUUCAACGUUGUAUCUUCCGAUCAAAAUUACAUCGGAAAACAAAAAGGGAGAAAAUAUUGCCGGUGGAGAAGGACGUGAAUGGUGAAGAGGUAGAGGUCACACAGCCGAGAUUUCACGCCAACAUUCCAAUUCUGUGGCCAAUGAUAAUGACCACAGUCCAGAGUAAGGGGGCAGCAAAGGGAACUGCCACAACUGAGAAAGCAUUUAAAAGAUGGGGCAGGAAAAGCCCAUUUGUAAGAUAUGGCCUUCCUAUGAUCUCUCUCACUGUCCUUGGCUCUCUAGGCCUUGCCCAACUCUUGCAAGGCAGCAAGGAUAUUGCAAAGGUGAAAGAUGAUCAAGAGUGGGAAAUAAUUGAAACAAGAAAAGCAUUGUCUAGGACAGGACCAGUCCAUGCGUACAACCCAAAACAGAUUUCCUUGGAGGAUGAGCUAAAGGCUUUGCAACAAAAGGUGGACAUUAACAACUAUGAGUACAAGAAAAUUCCUAAACCUAAUGAAGGCAAUGGAGACUAG